AUGCUUGAUGACAUCAUCGACGGCUAUAUUUUACGAUUCUGCGAUGACGGUACAGAUCGUGUCUUUUGCACCGCAUGCCCUCAAAAACAAGGCGCCUAUCGUGUCAUGUCACGCCGCCAUGCUGAAAAGCACUCAAAGCAAGAUAUGCACAUUCGCCGUGCCGAAAACAUCAAGAAAAGGCUUUCUGAGACCAGAAAGCCACGUGUCUCUGCUGCAGCGCCUGUUAGCCCUGAUCCUUCACUCUCCCCUGCUGGUCACGAUAACUUCAGCAUCGAUUUCGAUUGCAUGGAUAAUACAUCUAUCGACAUGCAAGCUGAUAGACCGUCCAUGGUGCCUGAGACAGAUUCUGAGUAUCCGUUAGCGGAUCUCUGA